AUGACCAGGGAGCUCUACAUUCGUGCGAAAGUGCCUUAUCUCUUUGGGCGAUCAAACUUGGGAGAAUGGCCUAAAAGGUCCAAGGAAUCGUUUGUAGAUGUGGAUUUAGCACGGCUGAAGGAAGAUGUCGCACAGAUCACGUAUUUUGGACAUCGCACCGUCUACAUUCAGGUGGAGGGUGCCAGACUUAUGACCGAUCCAGUACUGGCAAAGAGGCUAAUGUCUGGUGGAAUUGGAGUCAAGAGGGUGAGCAAUAAAAUGUACAAGUACUGGGAGCUUCCACCUGCGGAUAUUCUCUUGAUAUCAAACAACUCGUACGACUGUCUAGACACAUGGACCCUGCGCAUCAUUUCAGACCAGGGCGGAGCCUUGGCGGUGGGAGGAAGACGAAUUUCGAGGUACCUCAACAUGUUCUUUAAAAGGUACACGUACCCCCUGCUCUGGUACGAAAGUGUAAACUUUGGCUGCGUGGAGAUAACCUUUCUACCUGCAAUGUCAGAGACUAGGAGGAAGCUUUUAUCCUGUGGUAUCGACCGAAACCGCAUGCUUUGGGGCGGCUUCCUGAUUAGAUCGGAUACCAAGACGAUCUUUUACGCGGGGAAGACUGCCUUCUCGGAGCACUUUGACGAUAUUCGCAGGUAUAUAGCUGAAAAGGGGUACAGCAUAGAUUUGUCAUUACUGCCAAUCGGACCAAUUUGUGGACAUGGGCGUAACAUGUCGCCUGAAGAUGCCGUAAAGGCACACGAACUCUUAGGCUCCGACAAGUCUCUGAUUAUCGCACAUGAUACAUUCCCACUUGGAGUCGAGGCAUUUGGGGAGCUGAAGGACAGACUCUUGAAGGAGGCCUCGAGCAGGGGAAUUUCAGACAAGUUCAUCUUUCUGAGGGAAGGAGAGACACUAUGCCUCGAUUAA